UAUGCACUGUCUGGAGGGUGGGGACUGGCGCGGGUAGAAAACGGGAUGCCUCAGGCUCCGGGGCAGGCUUUUGGCCGCUAGGAGCAGGCUGAGGCGCGGACCCAAAGGAGCGAGCGCGAACCGAAGCGCUGCCGCUGCUCCGUGCGACGCGCGCCCACCUCUGGGGAAAGGAACGGCGAGGCCGGGGGCCGUCGCGGGGAUGGAGCGCGGGACGGCGGCGGCUGCGUGCGCGCUGCUCCUGUGGCUCGCCGCCUGCCCGGCUCCGGUCGGUGGCCAAGAAUGUCACAGUGGGCAUUUUCGUUGUGGAAACGGACAUUGCAUCCCUCUGUCUUGGAGAUGUGAUGGAACCAGAGAUUGCUUGGAUGACACAGAUGAAGCUGGCUGCCCUCAUCCCUCCUGCCAUCCGGGCUUUUUCCAGUGUCAGAGUGAUGGGGCCUGUAUCCCACACUCCUGGGUAUGUGACAGUGAUCUGGACUGCCAGGACGGCUCAGAUGAACAGCAGCAGCAUUGCCCUGGGAGAACAUGCUCGAGUCACCAGAUGACGUGCUCCAAUGGUCAGUGCGUCCCCCGCGAGUACAGAUGCGACCGCGUCAGAGACUGCUCGGAUGGAACUGAUGAGAGAGACUGCCAAUACCCAACAUGUGAGCAGCUCACCUGUGCCAACGGAGCCUGCUACAACACAAGUCAAAAGUGUGAUGGGAAAGUUGAUUGCAGGGACUCCUCUGAUGAAGCCAACUGCACUGGGCUGUGUCUACACAACGAGUUUCAGUGUGACAACGGAGAUUGUAUCCCUCGCUCCUUUGUCUGUGACCAUGACUUUGAUUGCAAUGACAACAGUGACGAACAUUCUUGCACCUACCCGACCUGCAGUGGCAACCAGUUCACUUGCUCUAAUGGCCAGUGCAUUCAUCAAAAUUGGGUUUGCGAUGGAGAACAAGACUGUGGUGAUCAUGGAGAUGAAAAUGGAUGUGAUAACAGUCAUCGUUAUCAUAAGUGUUACCCUAGAGAGUGGGCCUGCCCACAGUCUGGACAAUGCAUCCCGAUUAAUAAAGUUUGUGAUGGGAUUUUAGAUUGUCCAGGAGGAGAAGAUGAAAACAGUACCGCUGACGGAAGAUCUUGUAGUAUGACUCAGUGUCCUACCUUGAACUGUGAGUACCAGUGCCACCAGACACCAUCCGGAGGCAGCUGUUUUUGUCCCCCAGCUUCUAUCAUCAACCAGAAUGACAGCCGUACCUGUAUUGAUUUUGAUGACUGCCAGAUAUGGGGAAUUUGUGACCAGAAGUGUGAAUACCAAUUUGGACAUCACCGUUGCCUCUGUGAAGAAGGCUAUAUCUUGGAGCGUGAGCAGCACUGCAAAGCUAAUGAUUCCUUUGAUGAGGCCUCCAUCAUCUUCUCCAAUGGUCGGGAUGUGCUAAUGGGUGACAUUCAUGGAAGGAGCCUCCAGAUCCUAGUACAGUCCCAAAAUCGUGGCGUGGCCGUGGGUGUGGAUUUUCACUAUCGCCUACGCAGAGUCUUUUGGACAGACACCGUGCAAGAUAAGGUUUUUUCAAUUGACAUUAAUGGUUUAAAUAUCCAAGAAGUUCUCAAUGUUUCUGUUGAUGCUCCAGAGAAUCUGGCUGUGGACUGGGUUAAUAAUAAACUGUAUCUGGUGGAGACCAAGGUCAACCGCAUAGAUGUGGCAAAUUUGGAUGGAAGUCAGCGGUUUACCCUCAUAACUGAGGACUUGGGGCAUCCUAGAGGACUUGCCCUAGACCCAACUGUUGGCUACUUAUUUUUCUCUGAUUGGGCAAGCCUUUCUGGGGAACCUAAGUUGGAAAGGGCUUUCAUGGAUGGCAGCAACCGUAAAGACUUGGUGAAGACAAAGCUAGGGUGGCCUGCUGGAAUCACACUGGAUAUGAUAUCAAAGCGCAUUUACUGGGUGGAUUGCCGGUAUGAUUACAUCGAGACGGUCACUUACGAUGGAGUUCAAAGGAAGACAGUCAUGCGUGGAGGCUCACUAGUUCCUCAUCCCUUUGGAAUAAGCUUGUUUGAAGGUCAUGUGUUCUACACUGAUUGGACAAAGAUGGCUGUGAUGAAAGCAAACAAGUUCACGGAGACCAACCCUCAAGUGUUCCACCAGUCUUCUCUGAGGCCCUAUGGAGUGACUGUUUACCAUGCACUCAGGCAGCCCAAUGCUAGCAAUCCUUGUGAGAGUAACAACGGGGGCUGCGAGCAGGUCUGUCUCCUGAGCCACAGAACAGACAAUGGUGGCUUGGGUUACCGCUGCAAGUGCUUAUUUGGCUUCCAGCUGGAUCAGGAUGAGCGCCACUGUAUCGCUGUGAAGAAUUUCCUGAUCUUUUCAUCGGAAUCGGCUAUUCGUGGAAUUCCAUUCAGCAUCUCUACCCAGGAAGACGUCAUGGUUCCCCUAACAGGGAGUCCCUCUUUUUUUCUUGGGAUUGAUUUUGAUGCCCAGGAGAGCACUAUCUUUUAUUCAGAUACAUCAAGAGACAUGAUUUAUAAACAAAAGAUUGAUGGCACAGGAAGAGAAAUCCUUACAGCUAAUAGGGUGGAAAAUGUUGAAAGUCUGGCUUUUGACUGGAUUUCAAGGAAUCUCUAUUGGAUAGAUACUUCUUACAAGAGUGUCAGUGUCAUGAGGCUAGCUGAUAAAUCGAGACGCACAAUAGUUGAGCAUUUAAAUAACCCACGAGCAAUCGUAGUCCAUCCUAUUUCUGGGUAUAUAUUCUUCAGUGAUUGGUUCCGUCCUGCUAAAAUUAUGAGAGCCUGGUGUGAUGGAUCUCACCUUGUGCCUAUAGUAAACACUACUAUUGGAUGGCCCAAUGGUUUGGCCAUCGAUUGGGGUGCUUUACGGUUGUACUGGGUAGAUGCCUUUUUUGAUACAAUUGAGCACAGCACCUUUGAUGGUUUAGACAGAAAAAGACUGAGCCGUAUACAGCAGAUGACGCAUCCCUUUGGAAUAACUGUCUUCCAGGAUUAUGUAUUUGUUACUGACUGGAUGCUCCAAGGUAUUAUUCAAGUCAGGAAAACAGAUGGUAGACAAGUGACAGUUAUUCGAAGUGGCAUCAGUAACAUAAUGCAUGUGAAAUCAUACGAUGUCAACAUCCAGACAGGCUCUAACUUCUGCGGUCAACCCACACAUCCUAAUGGGGACUGCAGCCACUUCUGCUUCCCAGUGCCCAACUUCCAGCGGGUGUGUGGCUGUCCCUAUGGGAUGAGGCUGGCUUCCAAUCACUUAACCUGCGAGGGAAACCAGGCCAGUGAGCCACCCACGCAACAGUGUGGCUCUUUCUCCUUCUCCUGUGACAAUGGCAGAUGUGUGCCCAGCUACUACCGCUGUGAUGGAUUCAAUGACUGUCAUGACAACAGUGAUGAGCAUCUAUGUGGCACAUCUAAUAAUACCUGCUCACCCUCGGCGUUCACCUGUGACCACGGAGAGUGUAUCCCUGCACACUGGCGCUGCGAUAAGCACAAUGACUGUGUGGAUGGCAGUGAUGAGCGCAACUGCCCUUCCCACACUCCUGCCUCCUGCCCGGCCUGGGCCUACACCUGUGAUAAUAACGCGUGUAUCCCCAGGAACUGGGUCUGUGAUACAGACAACGACUGUGGGGAUGGAUCUGAUGAAAAGAACUGCCAUUCAACAGGGACAUGUCAACCUAGUCAGUUUCAUUGCCCGGAUCAUCGAUGUCUUGACCCAGCAUAUGUCUGUGAUGGAGACAGGGACUGUGUCGAUGGAUCUGAUGAAGCUGGUUGUGUAUUUAACUGCACAAAUUCUCAAUUCAAGUGUGCUGAUGGGAAUGGCUGCAUUAGCAACAUUAAUCGUUGUGAUGGUGUUUUUCACUGCAGUGACAACUCCGAUGAGGCAGGCUGUCCAACCAGACCCCCUGGCAUGUGCCAUUCAGAUGAAUUUCAGUGCCAAGCAGAUGGUUACUGCAUCCCAGAUGUUUGGGAGUGUGAUGGGCAUUCAGACUGUGUUGAUGGAUCUGAUGAACACCAUGGCUGCAUCCCCAAGACCUGUGCUCCAUCUCAAUUCCACUGUGACAACGGAAACUGUAUCCCCAAACAUUGGCUCUGUGAUGGGGACAAUGACUGCAGGGAUUUGAGUGAUGAGAAGGACUGUCCUACUCAACCCUUUCACUGUCCCAGUUGGCAGUGGCAGUGCCCUGGCUAUAGCAUCUGUGUGAAUCUGAGUGCACUGUGUGAUAACGUCUUUGACUGCCCCAAUGGGACAGAUGAGUCCCCACUUUGCAAUGAACCCCAGCCAGACCAGGCGAGCUGCUCAGAUUUCAAUGGUGGUUGUACUCACCAGUGUAUUCAAGGACCUUUUGGAGCUAGUUGUCUAUGUCCGUUGGGAUACCAACUUGCUAAUGAUUCUAAGACCUGUGAAGACAUAGAUGAAUGUGAUAAUCCAGGCUUUUGUAGCCAGCACUGUUUCAAUAUGAGAGGUUCUUUCCGGUGCUCAUGUGAUAAUGAAUACAUGUUAGAAGGUGAUGGGAGGACCUGCAAAGCUAUAGCAUCUGAAAAUCUGCUAUUACUUGUGGCAAGUCAGAGCCGAAUUGUUGCUGACAACAUCACCUCCCAGGUCCACAAUAUCUACUCAUUGGUCCAAGGUGGUUCUAACAUUGUAGCUGUUGAUUUUGAUUCAGUCAGUGGUCGGAUCUUUUGGUCUGAUGCAAGUCAGGGUAAAACCUGGAGUGUGUUUCAAAAUGGAACAGACCGAAGAGUGGUACUUGACAGUGGUGUUGUUAUGACACAAUCUAUUGCGGUAGAUUGGGUAGGUCGUAAUCUCUACUGGACAGACUACGCCCUGGAAACAAUUGAGGUCUCAAGAAUAGAUGGGAGCUACAGGACUGUGCUGAUCAGUAAAAAUGUGACAAAUCCAAGGGGACUAGCGUUAGAUCCCAGAAUGAGUGACCAUCUAAUGUUCUGGUCUGACUGGGGCCAUCAUCCUCGUAUUGAGCGAGCCAGCAUGGACGGUAGUUUGCGCACUAUCAUUAUCCAGGACAAAAUCGUCUUGCCCUGUGGCUUGACUAUUGACUAUCCCAACAGACUGAUCUACUUCAUGGAUUCCUAUCUCGACUAUAUAGAUGUCUGUGAUUAUUAUGGACACCAUCGGAGGCAGGUGGUAGCUGGUGAUUUGAUUCUGCGGUAUCCCUACGCCCUCUCUGUCUUUGAAGAUACCGUGUACUGGACUGAUGUUACUACUCACCAGGUGAUGAAAGCCAAUAAGUGGCACGGAGGGAACCAGUCAGUUGUGAUGUUCAAUGUUCACCAACCCCUUGGCAUCGUCGUGGUUCAUCCUUCAAAGCAACCGGAAUCCACGAAUCCCUGUGCCUCUGCCCACUGCAGCCAUCUGUGCCUGCUCUCCUCACAAGGGCCCAACUUCUUCUCCUGUGCUUGUCCUUCGGGAUGGAAUCUCUCUCAUGAUUCUGUGAAUUGUGUGCGAGAUGAACAACCUUUCUUAAUAAGUGUAAGACAGCGCAUAAUUUUCGGAAUCUCUCUUAAUCCUGAGGAGAAGAGCAAUGAUGCUAUGGUUCCCAUAUCAGGAAUACAGAAUGGUUUUGAUGUUGAAUUUGAUGACUCAGAGCAGUUCAUCUACUGGGCUGAGAAUCCAGGUGAAAUUCACAGAGUGAAGACAAACGGUAGCAACAGAACCGUGUUUGCUCCUCUGUCUCUACACGGAACAUCCAUGAGCCUGGCCUUAGACUGGAUAUCAAAAAACAUGUACUAUACCAAUCCUCGAAGUCAGUCUAUUGAGGUUUUGACCCUCCGGGGAGAUACCAGAUACAGAAAAACCCUGAUUACCAAUGAUGGGACAGCUCUUGGAGUUGGUUUUCCAAUUGGCAUAACUGUUGAUCCUGUUCGUGGAAAACUGUACUGGUCAGACCACGGAACGGACAGUGGGGUUCCUGCCAAGAUUGCAAGUGCAAAUAUGGAUGGCACAUCUUUAAAAACUCUCUUCACUGGGAACCUUGAUCAUCUGGAGUUUAUCACCCUUGACAUCCAGGAGCAGAAACUCUACUGGGCAGUCACUAGCAGAGGAGUGAUUGAAAGAGGAAACGUGGACGGGACAGAGCGAAUGAUCCUGGUGCACCACCUUUCUCACCCGUGGGGAAUCGCAGUCUACGAGUCCUUCCUUUACUAUGCUGAUGAGCAAUAUGAGGUCAUUGAAAGAGUAGACAAGUCCUCGGGGGCCAACAAAGUGGUCCUGAGAGAUAAUGUUCCUAAUCUGAGAGGCCUUCGAGUUUAUCACAGACGCAAUACCACCGAGUCCUCAAACGGCUGUAGCAACAACGUGAAUGCCUGUCAGCAGAUUUGCCUGCCUGUGCCAGGAGGACUGUUUUCCUGUGCCUGUGCCACUGGAUUUAAACUCAAUCCCGAUCAUCGGACCUGCUCUCUAUAUAACUCUUUCAUUGUUGUUUCAAUGCUGUCUGCAAUUAGAGGCUUUAGCGUGGAAUUGUCAGAUCAUUCUGAAGCUAUGGUGCCUGUGGCCGGCCAAGGUCGAAAUGCAUUGCAUGUGGAUGUUGAUAUGUCCUCUGGCUUUAUUUACUGGUGCGAUUUUAGCAGCUCCGUGAGAUCUUACAAUGCAAUCCGUAGGAUCAAACCAGAUGGGUCUUCUUUUGCAAGCAUCAUUACAAACGGGAUAGGGGCAAAUGGAGUCCGGGGUAUUGCGGUGGAUUGGGUAGCAGGAAAUCUUUAUUUCACCAAUGCCUUUGUGUCUGAAACACUCAUAGAAGUUCUUCGGAUCAAUACCACCUAUCGCCGUGUUCUCCUUAAAGUCACAGUGGAUAUGCCUCGGCAUAUAGUUGUAGACCCCAAGAACAGAUACCUCUUCUGGGCUGACUAUGGACAGAAACCAAAGAUUGAACGUUCUCUUCUUGACUGUACCAAUCGAACUGUGCUUGUAUCAGAUGGCAUUGUCACACCACGGGGCUUGGCAGUGGACCGUAGCAAUGGCUAUAUUUAUUGGGUUGAUGAUUCUUUAGAUAUCAUAGCAAGGAUCCAUCCUAAUGGUGGCGGAUCAGAAGUGGUUCGUUACGGCAGUCGUUACCCAACUCCCUAUGGCAUCACUGUUUUUCAAAAUUCUAUCAUAUGGGUAGAUAGGAAUUUGAAAAAAGUCUUCCAAGCUAGCAAGGAACCAGCAAACACAGAGCCUCCAACAGUGAUAAGAGACAAUAUCAACUGGCUAAGAGAUGUGACCAUCUUUGAUGAGACUGUCCAGCCCCGGUCGCCGUCAGAAGUCAACAACAACCCUUGCUUGGAGAAUAAUGGUGGGUGCUCCCAUCUUUGCUUCGCUUUGCCUGGUUCGAACACUCCAAAAUGUGGCUGUGCCUUUGGAACUUUGGAAAGUGAUGGCAAGAACUGUGCAAUUUCAACAGAAAAUUUCCUCAUCUUUGCCUUGGAUAAUUCCUUGAGAAGUUUACAUUUGGACCCUGAAAAUCACAGCCCACCUUUCCAAGCAAUAGAUGUGGAAAGAAAUGCCAUAGCUGUGGACUAUGACAACAUAAAUAAUAGAAUCUACCUCACACAACAAGUAGUCUCUGGACCUGGCCAGAUUUCCUAUGUCAGCUUGUAUUCAGGGAACCAUUCUCCAACUGUCAUUGCUUCAGAUAUAGGGACCCCUGAUGGUAUUGCCUUUGACUGGAUCAACAGGAGAAUUUACUACAGUGACUUCUCCAACCAGACGAUUAAUUCCAUGGCUGAAGAUGGAUCCAAGCGCACCCUAAUAGCCCGUGUUUCAAAACCAAGAGCAAUUGUGUUAGAUCCCUGCCGAGGGUACAUGUAUUGGACUGACUGGGGUACGAAUGCCAAAAUCGAGAGAGCCACACUGGGAGGAAACUUCCGGGUACCCAUUGUGAAUACUAGCCUGGUUUGGCCCAAUGGACUCACUCUGGACUAUGAGACGGACCUUCUCUACUGGGCGGAUGCUAGCCUGCGGAAGAUUGAACGCAGCACUCUAACAGGCACAGAACGGGAAGUCAUUGUCAACACAGCCUUUCAUGCUUUUGGCCUAACUGUCUAUGAUCAAUAUAUUUACUGGACUGACUUAUACACACAAAAAAUUUACCGGGCUAACAAAUAUGAUGGGUCAGAUCAGAUUGCGAUGACCACGAAUUUGCCCAUGCGACCUAAGGGUAUUUGCACUGUUGUGAAACACCAGCAGCGGCAGUGCAGCAAUCCCUGUGAUCAGUUUAAUGGGGGCUGCAGCCAUAUCUGUGUACCAGGUCCAAAUGGUGCUGAGUGCCAGUGUCCGCAUGAGGGUCAGUGGUAUCUGGCCAACAAUAAUAAGCACUGCAUCGUGGACAGUGGUUCCCGGUGUGUUGCAUCCCAGUUCACCUGCCUCAAUGGGCGCUGCAUCUCUGAGCAGUGGAAAUGCGAUAACGACAAUGACUGUGGGGACAACAGCGAUGAGCUGCAGAGCGUCUGUGCAUUUCACACCUGCCCGCCAACAGCCUUCACCUGUGCCAACGGGCGCUGUGUCCAGUACCAUUACCGCUGUGAUUACUACAAUGACUGUGGUGACAACAGUGAUGAGGAAGGGUGCCUGUUCAGGAACUGUAACAGCACCACGGAGUUUACUUGCAGUAAUGGAAGGUGCAUACCUCAAAGCUUUGUCUGUGAUGGCAGAAACAACUGCUAUGAUAAUGGCACUUCAGAUGAGAGAAAUUGCCCUCCUCGCACUUGCUCACCUGGAUUCACAAAAUGUCAAAGUACAAAUAUUUGUAUUCCCCGACUUUACUUGUGUGAUGGAGACAAUGACUGUGGAGAUUUGAGUGAUGAAAACCCUACUUUCUGCACCACUCACACAUGCAGGAACACUGAAUUCCAGUGCACAUCUGGGCGCUGUAUUCCUCAACAUUGGCAUUGUGAUCAAGAAGUAGAUUGUCCGGAUGGCUCCGAUGAACCUGCCUCUUGUGCUUUUUCAGCACAACCUCCACGAACAUGUUCAAGUCAAGAGUUCAGAUGCGAUAGUGGGAGGUGCAUCCCUAAAGAUUGGAUCUGUGAUGGUGCAAAUGACUGUGGGGACAUGAGUGAUGAAGAUCAAAGGCACCACUGUGGGACUAAAAACUGCUCCGGUUCCCAGUUUAUGUGUGUCAACCCCACAGGCUGCAUUCCCCAAGUCUGGGUCUGUGAUGGGGAUGCAGACUGUGCUGAUGCUGCUGAUGAAAAUCAGAACUGCACCAGGAGAUCUUGCUCUGAAAAUGAAUUCACCUGCAGGAACGGGCUGUGUGUCCGACCGUCAUUCAGGUGUGACCGGCGCAAUGACUGUGGUGACUACAGUGAUGAGAGAGACUGCUCAUACCCGACCUGCCAUGACUUUGAGUUCACCUGUCAGAAUGGGCGCUGUAUCCAUAACAUGUUUCUCUGUGAUGGGCAAAAUGACUGUGGAGACCAAAGUGAUGAGUUUGAGCACAUGUGCCACACCCCGGAAGCCACAUGCCCCCCUCAUCAAUUCAAGUGUGACAAUGGGCACUGCAUUGAGAUGGUGAAAGUCUGCAACCACCUAGAUGACUGUACGGACAACAGUGAUGAGAAAGGCUGUGGCAUUAACGAGUGCCAUGACUCUUCAAUCAGUGGCUGUGAUCACAACUGCACAGACACCCUAACCAGUUUCUAUUGUUCCUGUCGUCCUGGGUACAAGCUUAUGUCUGACAAGCGGACUUGUGUUGACAUUGAUGAGUGCAAGGAGAUGCCCUAUGUCUGUAGCCAGAAGUGUGAGAAUGAAAUUGGCUCCUACAUCUGUAAGUGUGCCCCAGGCUACAUCCGAGAGCCAGAUGGGAAGACUUGCCGGCAGAACAGUGACAUCGAGCCCUAUCUUAUUUUUAGCAACCGUUACUAUCUGAGAAACUUAACUACAGAUGGCCACCUUUACUCCCUCAUUUUGCAAGGACUGGGCAAUGUUGUAGCACUGGAUUUUGACCGUGUAGAGAAGAGACUGUAUUGGAUUGAUAUCCAGAAGCAAGUCAUUGAGAGAAUGUUUCUGAAUAAGACAAACAGAGAGGUAAUUAUAAGUCACAAACUACCAGCUGCAGAAAGUCUGGCUGUCGACUGGGUUGCCAGAAAGCUCUAUUGGGUGGAUGCCCACCUGGAUUGCCUCUUCGUCUCUGACCUCGAAGGUCGAUACCGCCUCACCCUGGCCCAGCACUGUGUGGAUGCCAAUGGCACCUUCUGCUUUGAAAAUCCCAGAGGACUUGUGCUUCACCCUCAAUAUGGGCAUGUCUACUGGGCAGACUGGGGUCACCGUGCAUACAUUGCAAGAGUAGGCAUGGAUGGAACCAAUAAGUCUGUGAUCAUCUCUACCAAGUUAGAAUGGCCCAAUGCUAUCACCAUUGACUACACCAAUGAUCACUUGUACUGGGCAGAUGCUCACCUGGGUUAUAUUGAGUACUCUGAUUUGGAGGGCCGCCAUCGACACACAGUGUAUGAUGGGACGCUACCUCAUCCCUUUGCUAUCACGGUUUUUGAAGACACUGUUUAUUGGACGGACUGGAACACGAGGACAGUUGAAAAGGGAAACAAAUACGAUGGAUCAAAUAGGAUGAUGCUGGUGAACACAACACACAGACCCUUUGACAUCCACGUGUAUCACCCGUACAGGCAGCCCAUUAUGAACAAUCCUUGUGGCAUCAACAAUGGUGGCUGUUCUCAUCUCUGCCUCAUCAAAGCAGGAGGAAAAGGAUUCACCUGCGAGUGUCCAGACGACUUCCAGACCCUUCACACAGGCGGCACCACACGCUGCCUGCCCAUGUGCUCCAGCACCCAAUUCCUGUGUGCUAACAAUGAAAAGUGUAUUCCCAUUUGGUGGAAAUGUGAUGGACAGAGAGACUGUUCUGAUGGCUCUGAUGAAUCGGCCCUGUGCCCUCAGCGCUACUGCCGGCUUGGACAGUUCCAGUGCAAGGAUGGCAACUGCACUAGCUCACGGACCUUGUGCAAUGCUCGCCAGGAUUGUCCCGAUGGGUCUGAUGAAGAACAUGCCCUCUGUGAUAACCACCGGUGUGAGUCCAAUGAGUGGCAGUGUGCCAACAAGCGUUGCAUCCCGGAAGCCUGGCAGUGUGACACAGUGAACGACUGUGGGGACAACUCAGACGAAGAGAGCUCCCACUGUGCCAGCAGGACCUGCCGGCCAGGCCAGUUUAAGUGUGACAAUGGCCGCUGCAUCCCUCAGUCGUGGAAGUGUGAUGUAGAUAAUGACUGUGGAGACCAUUCAGAUGAGCCAAUCCCGGAAUGCCUGACAUCCGCACAUAACUGUGACAACCAUACGGAAUUCAGCUGUAAAACCAACUACCGCUGCAUCCCACGGUGGGCUGUGUGCAAUGGUGUCGAUGACUGCAGGGACAACAGUGAUGAACAAGGCUGCGAGGACAGGACAUGUAAUCCUUCGGGAGAAUUCCGAUGUAAAAAUCACCACUGCAUCCCUCUUCGCUGGAAAUGUGAUGAGCACAAUGACUGUGGGGAUAACUCGGAUGAGGAGAACUGUGUCCCCCGGGAGUGCACAGAGAGUGAGUUUCGAUGUGCCAAUCAACAAUGCAUUCCUUCUCUGUGGAUCUGUGACCAAGACAAUGACUGUGGGGACAACUCAGAUGAGCGGGACUGUGACAUGAGGACCUGCCAUCCUGACUAUUUUCAGUGUACCAGCGGACACUGUGUGCCCAACCAUAUAAAAUGUGAUGGAAGAGCCGACUGUUUGGAUGCCUCUGAUGAAGCUAGUUGUCCCACUCGCUUUCCCAAUGGUACAUACUGCCCAGCUACUAUGUUUGAAUGUAAAAACCACGUUUGCAUCCAGUCACUUUGGAAAUGUGAUGGUGAUAAUGACUGUGGCGAUGGCUCUGAUGAAGAACUUCAUCUGUGCUUGGGUGUUCCCUGUGAUCCACCACACCGUUUCCGGUGUGACAACAGCCGCUGUAUAUAUAGUCAUCGGCAGUGCAAUGGUGUGGAUGACUGUGGAGAUGGGACUGAUGAGAAAGAAGAACACUGUAGACCACCAACGCCUAGACCUUGUACACAAGAUGAAUUUAAAUGUAGCAGUGGACAUUGCAUUUCACAGCACUAUGUGUGUGAUAAUGUUGAUGACUGUGGUGACCAUUCAGAUGAAGCAGGUUGCAAUCUAGGAAAAAAUAGGACAUGUGCUGAAAAUCUAUGUGAACAAAACUGUACUGAAUUAAGUGGAGGAGGAUUUAUCUGCUCCUGUAGACCUGGCUACAAAGCUGGUACUUUGGACAGAAACUCCUGUCAAGACAUCAACGAAUGUGAGCAAUUUGGAGUCUGUCCUCAGAACUGCCAAAAUACCAAAGGGAGCUACGAGUGUUUCUGCGCUGAUGGCUUCAGGUCCAUGAGUGUCCGCUAUGGAGAACGGUGUGCAGCUGAUGGUAACCCUCCUUUAUUGCUACUGCCUGAGAAUGUUCGAAUUCGAAAAUACAAUCUCUCCUCUGAGAAGUUCUCAGACUAUCUUGAAGAUGAAGAGCAUAUCCAAGCUGUUGACUAUGAUUGGGACCCUGAGGGCAUAGGCCUCAGUGUUGUGUAUUAUACUGUGCUGGCACAGGGCUCUGAAUUUGGUGCUAUCAAACGUGCCUACAUCCCCAACUUUGAAUCUGGCAGCAAUAAUCUCAUGCAUGAAGAUGACUUGGGCCUGAAAUAUGUAAUGCAGCCAGAUGGAUUAGCAGUUGACUGGGUUGGAAGGCAUAUUUACUGGUCAGAUGCCAUGAAUCAACGAAUUGAGGUGGCUAGACUUGAUGGAAGGUACCGGAAGUGGCUGAUUACCACCCAGCUGGAUCAGCCAGCAGCAAUUGUUGUGAAUCCAAAACUAGGGCUCAUGUAUUGGACUGACUGGGGGAAAGAGCCUAAAAUUGAGUCUGCCUGGAUGAAUGGGGAGCAUCGCAACGUCUUGGUUUCUGAGGACCUUGGGUGGCCGACCGGCCUUUCAAUUGAUUAUUUGAACAAUGACCAGAUCUACUGGAGUGACUUGAAGGAGGACAUUAUUGAAACCAUGAAAUAUGAUGGGACUGACAGGAGAAUCAUUACACAUGGAGCAAUGAAACCUUAUAGUCUGGAUAUCUUUGAAGACCAAUUAUACUGGGUAUCUAAGGAGAAGGGAGAAGUGUGGAAACAAGAUAAAUUUGGGCAAGGAGAGAAAGAGAAAAUGCUGGUCGUGAACCCCUGGCUUACUCAAAUUAGAAUAUUUCAUCAACUCAGAUAUAACAAGUCAGUGGCCAACCCUUGCAAACAAGUAUGCAGCCACCUCUGCUUGCUGAGACCUGGAGGAUACAGCUGUGCCUGUCCCCAAGGCUCCAACUUUUUAAAGGGGAGCACCACUGAGUGUGACGCAGCCAUCGAACUUCCCAUCACCAUGCCCCCCCCAUGCAGGUGUAUGUACGGAGGAAGUUGCUAUUUUGAUGAGAAUGAUCUGCCCAAAUGCAAAUGUGCCAGUGGCUACACCGGACAGUAUUGCGAAAUAGGGUUUUCCAAGGGCAUCCCUCCAGCAACAACGGCCAUGGCUGUGUUGCUGACAAUUCUCUUGAUCGUCAUCGUCGGAGCCCUGGCAACUGUAGGAUUUUUCCACUAUAGGAAGACCGGCUCUCUUCUGCCAGCUCUGCCCAAGCUGCCAAGCUUAAGCAGUCUUGUCAAACCUUCUGAAAAUGGAAAUGGGGUGACCUUCAGGUCAGGGGCAGAUGACAACAUGGAAAUUGGUGUAUCUGGUUUUGGUCCUGAGUCUGCUAUUGACGGAUCAGUGUCAUUGAGUGACCACUUUGCCAUGGAGCUGGGGAAACAGCCUGUAAUAUUUGAAAACCCCAUGUACGUGACCAGAGACUGUGCCGUGAAAGUGGUUCUGCCUGCCGAGGCGGUGGUAGCUGGAAAUGUGGAUGCCAAGAACUAUGAAAGUCCCACAAACCCCCCUGAGACAAGUCCAGGGACAACGCCAGUGUCUCCGGGUGCUGCUGGGAUUCAGGUACCAAGAUGGAAUAUCUUCAAACGAAAGCCGAAACAAACCACCAACUUUGAAAACCCAAUCUAUGCAGAGAUGGACAACGAGCAAAAGGAAGGGGAUGCUGGGGCCCCACCUCCAUCACCAUCUCUCCCUGAUAAAAUUUCUCCAAAAAGAGACCCAACGCCCGGCUACACUGCAACAGAAGACACUUUUAAAGAUACCGCAAACCUUGUGAAAGUUGUUAAAGAAGACUCUGAGGUAUAGCCACGCCAGCUGUUUAGGGAAUCAUUAGAAACACAUUUUUGCACAUGUAUUUUUUACAAACAGAAAAAAUAAGUCCACAUUCAGUACUUUAUAAAAAUAUAUUUUUCUCUGCCUACAGUUGGAAGUGUCUUGUGUGUCUUUUUUUUUUUACUUAUGCCAUUUCCUAUUUUUACAAAUAAUUACCACAAUGUACUAUAUGUAUAUCUUUGCACUGAAGCUAUCUGAAGGCAAUGCUAUAAAUAUAUUGUACAUUUGUAAAUUUUGGAAAGAUUAUCACAUCAUUGAAUCUGCUAAUAAAAAUAUCUGUUGAAUUGGUUGGUGAUUGUUAAAAUAAAUGAUCCAGUGAGGAAAGGAAUUGACUUGACGGCCUUUAGCUGUGCCUGGCAAAGAGGCAUCACACAUAUUUCCUUUGGAAGUAUCCAGGGAAGGAACCCAGACACUAUUCUCUGGUCCAUUCCUACACACCAGCACUUAAUGAAUGUUCAAUAUUACAUUUCAACUUGACUAAUGGGUGUCUUGCUAGAGGCCACGAUGUGUUGUAUAGACAUUUGGGGUUGAUGGUAGAUGCCUCAGAUAGCAGGUAGAAAAAGCAGUUCAACUCCACUCUCUGCAUGUUUGUGUUGUCUGGCCAGAGCACUCUACUUGGCAUGUGUCCUCUCGCUGUUGAGUCAACUUCUGUGUUUGUAACAUCUCUGAAGAAAUGCCAUGUCAUGAAGUACAGGUGUCCUAGAGCAAGGGCACCUUGCUAUAUUUAGUAGAAUGUGUUUAGUAGAAUGAGCUCUUUCCCCAUGUGGACCAUAUAGCCACUCAUGCCCUUGCCCGACAACUCAGGUGGUCACUUACUCCAGUAAGUGGGACUUGGUAGCUGAAUUACUAAAACCAAAUCUGUGUCUUCAUAAAGUAAGGUGCAACACAAAUACCAGUUAAGUGAAGCCUCAACUGGGUUUUUGUUUCUGUGUGUGAAAUGAACAUUUUAAUGACUAUUUAUUUCCAAAGUUGAACACGAAUAGAAAGGGAAGUCAUUCUUAUUGAGCCUUUUUUAGAUCCUUUGCCUACAUCUGUACAUUUGUAUCACAAUGUACUGUACAGCCCUGCCCCUCUCUGGAAUAGUCGGUAGUCUCCACAGCGGGAUCCAGGCAGGAAAACACAGCUGCCAUAGCACGUAGCUUUCCCGGCUCUCUGUGCUAGUCUUGCACAUUUGUUAAACAAUGAAUGAGUGGUUGGAUGGAUGGAUGAAUGAAACAUGUACUACUGAUUAUUUUAUCCCUGAGUUCUCAAGAUAUUUUUUGCUGCUCAUAUUUUGAGUGCUGAUUGUAAUUACUUUGAAAUGUACUUUGAUUAGAAAAGCAACUGGAAAUGAUGCUGCUGAAAAAUUUCUAAUAAAUGUGUAUUUUAUCAGA